CUCGGGGCCAGAAAAGCCUGCGGACUGGCAGGCCAAAGGCAAACCGAGAGGCCAGGCGGAGACCGGGAGGCUCGAAGCUCCUGGACCACGAGGAACCACCCAACAUGGCAUCGGAGGGGAACAGAAGAGGACGUAUCCCCAGUGGCCACUUAAACCCCACUCCACAGAAAAGAUGCCAGUGAAGUAUUAUGCACACCUCCAUCCCGGCACGCUCUCCUCUGAUCCUUGGCACUCUGGGCCCUCGGACUGAUUUUCAAGUGUUCUUCACCACCCCGCAUCUGUCCUAUGCCCUGGCCUGUGCCCUCUUUCAAAGCAGACAUGUCUCUAUCCCAUUCCUCUGCCCUCGGCUCCUGGGGGGCAGAGGGUCAGCUAGUGACCUCCUGUAAGGCCAGUGAUAAUGGGUGUGUCAGGGGCGCUUUUCAAAAAUGUGGUGGGUGUUGAGACCUAGGCCCUGCCCCAAGUAUGGGACAUGCAGAUAACUCGAGCCUGAUUGGGCCCCUCAGGUGCCUCCUUGCCUGCCUCUACAGCAAAAGUCCAGGUCAGGAGAGCUGGCAGAGAUGUCCUGACAGGAUGUGGGGUUCAGACCGUGGGCUGUGACUUCAGACUGCUGGGCUGCAGACCUGGCUCUAUCCCCCCACCCCCGACCCCCAGUGAGGACAAACCGCAUAACUGCUCUGUGCCUCGGUUUCCCCUUCUCUGUAGCGGAAUGGUAUCGGUACCCACUUCAGAGGGUUGCUGUCAGUGCAUGGCGAGCAAUUAGAAUGGUGCCUGGCAAACAGUGAGAAUUCAGCGUGUGUUGCGCCAGUAUUACUACUGUUAUCAUUGGUGCAUCGGAGCUGGAUUCAAACUCUGGAUUCCAGAGUGACUUCUCACGUUGGUCAGUGGCAGGAAAGGCCCCAGAAGUUUUGCCGUGGUCUCGGGAGUGUCUUGUACCCUGCCACCAUUUCCCUGGAGCAGUCUCAUGUGAGUGGGAAGCUGUGGGGUGGCCGGUUUGUGGGUGCAGUGGACCCCAUCAUGGAGAAGUUCAACUCGUCUAUCACCUACGACCGACACCUGUGGGAAGUGGAUGUGCAGGGCAGCAAGGCCUAUAGCCGAGGCCUGGAGAAAGCAGGGCUCCUCACCAAGGUUGAGAUGGACCAGAUACUCCAUGGCCUGGACAAGGUAGCUGAGGAGUGGGCCCAGGGCACCUUCAAACUGAACCCCAAUGAUGAGGACAUCCAUACGGCCAAUGAGCGGCGUCUGAAGGAGCUCAUUGGUGAAACAGCAGGGAAACUGCACACAGGACGAAGUCGGAAUGACCAGGUGGUCACAGAUCUCAGGCUGUGGAUGCGGCAGAACUGCUCGACACUCUCUGCUCUCCUCUGGGAGCUCAUCAGAACCAUGGUGGAUCGGGCAGAGGCGGAACGUGACAUCCUCUUCCCAGGGUACACACACCUGCAGAGGGCUCAGCCCAUCCGCUGGAGCCAUUGGAUCCUGAGCCAUGCCGUGGCACUGACCAGAGACUCUGAGAGGCUGCUGGAGGUGCAGAAGCGGAUCAACAUCCUGCCCCUAGGGAGUGGGGCCAUUGCAGGCAAUCCUCUGGGUGUGGAUCGGGAGCUGCUCCAAGCAGAACUGAACUUCGGGGCCAUCAGUAUCAACAGCAUGGAUGCCACCAGUGAGCGAGACUUUGUGGCUGAGUUCCUGUUCUGGGCUUCGCUGUGCAUGACCCAUCUCAGCAGGAUGGCUGAGGAUCUCAUCCUCUACGGCACCAAGGAAUUCAGCUUUGUGCAGCUCUCAGAUGCCUACAGCACUGGAAGCAGCCUGAUGCCCCAGAAGAAAAACCCAGACAGCCUGGAGCUGAUCCGGAGCAAGGCGGGGCGAGUGUUUGGACGGUGUGCUGGGCUUCUGAUGACGCUCAAGGGACUUCCAAGCACCUACAACAAGGACUUACAGGAGGAUAAGGAAGCUGUGUUUGAAGUGUCAGAUACCAUGAGUGCCGUCCUCCAGGUGGCCACUGGCGUCAUCUCUACGCUGCAGAUUCACCCUGAGAACAUGGCGCGGGCUCUUAGUCCUGACAUGCUGGCCACUGACCUCGCCUACUACCUGGUCCGCAAAGGGAUGCCAUUCCGUCAAGCCCACGAGGCCUCUGGGAAAGCUGUGUUCUUGGCUGAGACUAAAGGGGUCACCCUCAACCAGCUGUCGCUGCAGGAGCUACAGACCAUCAGCCACCUGUUCUCUGGUGAUGUGAGCCGUGUGUGGGACUAUGGGCACAGUGUGGAGCAGUAUGCUGCCCUGGGUGGCACCGCCCGCUCCAGUGUCGACUGGCAGAUUGGCCAGGUGCGAGCACUGCUGCGGGCACAACAGGCCUAGCCUCCUCCCCAUCCCGCUCUCAAAUAAAGUGGGCCCGAGAGGAGGCUGCUGCAUUUCCUGCCUAGCCUGUCUUUCUCAGCAGUGGGCUUUUGGGGGGUCCGUUGAGGGGCAGUGGAGGUCAUCAAGGAAGUGGAGAGACGGCAAGGAUGGCAACUCCCCGGUGGGGAAGGGAGGAGAGAACAUAGCCAUCUCGUCAGAGCCUCUGCUCCGGUCAGGCCCCCGCUCCCGCCCCCCCUCAUUCCACGGCUUCACAGUGACUUGCCUGGGUGUCAUGGCAGGAGUGGCUUUCCUGGAGCCCUGGUGGGACCUGAUGGGUUUGGUUAACCCAGUCAGUCCCUGUCCAUCUUCCUUCCAGUGCCCUCUAGGCUCCUCUGCUCCCAUUCUGCCCUUGCUUAACCCACCCUUCCUUGGACCGUCACGCACAACUACAGCAUACCAUUGCCCUCCUGAGGGGAAUGAGAUAUUUGGUGUGUGAUGUCCGGCCCUAGGCGAGCUUCAUGCACAGGUUAAGAAGACACCUUCUCCACCCUAGAGAGUGAUGUGCAGUUAAUUCCCAGGCACUAACCAUGGAGGAUCACAGACACAGGAGGGGUUGUCACAUUGAGUCAGCAAGGGGCCUGAGGCCAGGCCUGGCACACAGUAAGUGUUCACUAGCAGUGAGUCCCCAGAGCCAGUGGAGGUGCAGAGACCUCUUUUACGGGAACCUCACCAAAGUCCUGAUAAGAAAUGUCUGAAAUUUACACUUUAUUAACAACAAAGACAAACAAGCUAAACUCAAGAACGAUAACCCCUCCCAAGUGAUUCUGGGAGCAGUGAAAAGACUAAAGAAGCAAAACUUCAGCAGUGGGGACACAACACUAAAAUCCAUAAAGGGUUAGAGCUACAGGUCACAGGUAAAAUCUAGAGCAGCAGUCCCCAACCUUUUUGACACCAGGGAGCUGUGCUCCUGUGGGAAUCUAUCGCCUGAUGGUCCGAGCUGGAGCUGAGGUGGUGAUGCUAGCCGUUAACCUACCUCCUGCUGUGCGGCCCAGUUCCUAAGAGGCCACGAACCGGUACCAGUCUGCGACCCAGGGGUUGGGGACCCCUGUUCUAGAGUAAUGGUUCUCAAAAUUUGGUUCCUGACACUUAUUACCUGGAAUAAGUGUCAUAAAUUGUUAUAAAUGGAAACUCGCAGGCUCCACUGAGACGUUCUAAAUCAGGUUCUGGGUGGGGCCUAGGGAACCGGUUUAACAAAUCCUUCAGGUGUUGCUGAUGUGUGCUCUAGUUUGAUAAUCACUGGCUUCUAGAACUUGGUUAAACUUGCUGCAGAUCAGCAACGUCAGCCUCCCCUGGGUCCCACGCUGCCCUGAUUUGGAAUCUGCAUUUUAACAAACUUCCCUGGUGCUUCUUGUACACAUUAUCGUCAGAAUUGCUGAUCCAGAGAAUGCCUAAGAUCUAGUCUCAGAAAUGAAGGAGGGACUUAAUGUCCAUUGAACAGCCGAUAGGAUUAAAACAGUAAUUGUAAUACAUGUGACACAGGGAACGAAGCCUGAUCUACCACCUGCAUCAAUGGGGCACACUCCUAUCUAAUUGGGAACUCUACUUUCAGACAAUCCUAUGAAAAGUUCCCCAUUAACCUGAACUAGAAUCAGCCUCCCAGUGCUUCCCACGAGUGGUCCUGGCCACAUGUGGUCUGAUCUGAACAAAAGGAAUGAGCCUCUCAUAGCUCAGGGAGAGCAGAGUUUAUGUGGCUUUUCUCCAGACUCUGCCCAUGUCUGUUUCUAUUCUGCUACCAACUGGCCUAAUCUUUGUCUCUUGUCUACUUUAAAUUUUUUUACACCAAGGCUCAGUAUAACCUUAUAUUGGUUUCCUAUUGCUGCUAGAACAAAUUACCACACACUUGGUGGCUUAAUACAACAUAAUUCUUGAGGUCAAAAGUCUGAAAUGGAUUCGACUGAGACAAAACAAGUGUCCGCAGGAAAUGCUUCUUCCAGCGGCUCUGGAGGAGAGUGUGUUUCCUUGCCUUUUCCAGUUUCUAGAGGUACCUGUACUCCUUGGCUUGUAGCCCCUUCUUCGAUCUUCAAGGCCAGCAGUGUAACAUCUUCAAAUCUCUCUGACUCUGACCCUGGGCUUUCGUUGUCACAUCUUCUGACUGAUUUUUCUGCCUCUUGUAAGGACUCUUGUAGUUACUUUCGAUGCACCUGGAUACACUAAGAUAAUCUCUCGAGAUCCUUAACUGAGUCGCAUCUACAAAGUUCCAUUUACUGUGUUAGAUAACAUUCACAAGUUUGGAAGUUUAUGAUAUGGACAUCUUUGGAGGGUUAUUCAGUCUAUUACAUUCUGCUGUUUGGCUCUCAAAGAUGAACAUCCAUCCCAUAUGCAAAAUACGCUCACUCCAUCCCAAGUUCCCCCAAAGUCUCAACCCAUUACAGCAUCAACUCAUGUUCUAAAUUUCAUCAAAAUCUCAUCGGUUCAAACGUCCCAUAUUUCAUCACCUAAAUUAGGUACGAUAGAGUGAGACUGGGUACAAUUCAUCCUGGGGCAAAAUUCUCCAGGAGCCUAUGAAACUCAUGAUUGUGGUAAGUUCACACAUAAUAAACUCAAGAAACAAAUUACUCCCCAAAUACAAUGCUAGUUUAGGCAUAGGAUAAUAGUUAUAGACAUUUCAAUUUAAAAAGGAAGAAAAUGGAAGGACAAAAUGAGUCAGUGGUUCCAAGCAACUUUGGAAUCCAAUGUGGAAAACUCCAUUAGAUUUCAUGGCCUAGGAAUAAUCCUCCGUGGCUCUUGGCUCUGCCCUCUGGGCCUGCACCACUACCCUCAGUUUCUUCUUCCUAAAGUAUAGUACAUGCUUACAGUUGAAUGGCAUAUCGGUCUGUUUUCUGCCUGUAGAAUUCUGAAAGAACUUUGAAAGCCUUCUUUAUUUUUCUCCUCUCUAUUCCUUUUAAUCGAGGCUGGUAGUGAUUUUGCUGGUAUAACAUUCUCAAGAACUUUGUGGGUUUCCUGUGUUUGUCACAGGAGUUCACUUCAUUAGACAGUAGGUUCCUCCACAGAUCUUUACUAGAUAAUUUCAUCUCUAUUUCUGGUUUCUGCUGAGAUAUCUCAGGGCAUCCAUGAGUCAUGUGCCAACCCUUUUUAAAGAGCACACUCGACAGAAUAUUCUGACCUUUUGAUCCUUUCCAGGCAUUAGCAAAAGGUUGUCCAACCAUACCCUAGGCUUUCUAAAGCAUGCUUUCCUGACAGUGAAUCUCCUAAUUUUAGGAUUUUUGCAAAGCUGAAAAUUUCCCAAAUCACCAAGUCCUGGUUUCUGUUUGCUUAACAGUUUUUAUCCCAAUUUCUCUCUCUUUCUCUCUAUCUCUCUCUCUCUUUAUUUUUUCUUGCAUCUUUUACUCUUGGCUGCAAGGGAUGCUGAAAAGCAAGCGCCUGGCAAAAAGGAAUGAGGUUGUCUUAUUAGCUCUUAUUCUAAACUUUAAUUAUCCAUUGUGUGUUGGGGCAGGACCCACUUCACUGAGCCUGUUGUCUUCUGAACAAAAUCAGGGUCUAUAACUAAGGAAGACAGGAAGGGAGCAAUGGCUGUUAGUUUAGUAGCUUAUGGUACCCAAAAAGAUGAGUAAUGCCCUAUUGAAGCACUGAGAUUGCACUACAUGUGUGGCAGUCACAAAGGUGGUAGACUUCGAGUCAUCAAAACUCCAGAGGUAUAUUCUACAUGAGCACUGUGGAACUAUGUCUCAUAGUUUUUUGAAAAAGUGCAAACUAAAAUUUUCCUUUGUGUAAUUAAUUCAUGCAGUUAAAGUUGGCUUGGUUCUCUCACUUCUGCAAAAUUUGUCCAGGAUUUCAUCUAUUUUUCUCAUUUGAAAUCACUAAUAAAAACAAUUUUGAGAGAAAGGCUGUGGCCGAAGGCUGAUGGCAUGUAAUAUGAGACUCUCCUAGCUUACCUUUCAUUGGUAUUUGAAGGACAUGUUUACUCACCCAACUAGGAUUCUACCGAGUAAUGCUGUCAUCCGUUCUACAUUUUUUUCAAAAACGAAUCGUAAAAGACUUUUUCAAAUAUCUUGCUAAAAUUCAAAUAGUCUCUGUUAGAGUAUUACCUUAUCCAGGUCCAAAAGAGAUCAAGGAUGUUAUCAAAAGUUUCCAAAAAGCGCCGAACUUAGUUUUAUUAGUUUUAUAGAAUUUGUAUUGAAGUGAAACUGUAUUGGGUCCCAGUACCUACCAGUUUAUUUUCUAAAUGCACAUUAUCCAUUCCUUUUACUCAUUGUUUCAUUCUUUAAUAAUAGCUUUACUGAGAUAUAAUAAACAUGCCACAAAGCAAAUUCUUUUAAGGUGUUCAGUUUAAUAGUUUUUAGUAUGUUCAGAGUUGUACAAUCAUGACCACAAUCAAUUUUCGAAUAUUUCAUCACCCAAGAAGGAAACCCGCAAGAAAUUUUGUGCUCCAAAGGAAAUGAAAAGACAUCCGCAGAAUGGGAGAAAAAUGUUUGUAAGUCAUACAUCUGGUAAGGGUUUAGUAUCCAGAAUAUAAAAUAAACUUUUAUAAUGCCGCAAUAAAAAGACAGCCCGAUUAAAAAUGGUCAAAGUAUUCUCCAAAUGUACAAGUGACCAAUAAGUACAUGAAAAGAUGUUCAACAUCUUUAGUUGUUGGGAAAAUGCAAAUCAAAACCGAAAUUAGGUACUACUUCAUGCUCCCUAGGUCUGAGUUAAUUUUUGUAUAUGGUGUGAGGAAAGGAUCCAGCUACAUUCUUUUCCGUGUGGAAAUCCCUUCGUUUUAGUACCAUUUGUGGAAAAGACUCUUCAUACCCAAUUGAAUUGUCUUUGCAUGGUAUAUGAAUUAUACUUCAAUAAACCUGAUAUAAAAAUA